GAUUCUUUCAGGUGGAUCUAUUUUUUCCCUUUGCAUAAUAUUUAUUAGGUUUCUUUACUUCUCUCUCUCUCUGUCUCUCUCUCUCUCUCUUUCUUUUUUCUACAGGGAAACCCUAUCCUGGGAGUUCAUAUAUAUUUAUAUUCUGAUGAUGUUGUCGAGGUAUAUUGCCCCCAAGGGUCUGGGAAUGCCCCUGGUGAAAGAAAAGCUCUCUGCCACACCGUGUCUGAUGCUGACGGAAUAUUUGUUUUUGAAUCGAUUCCCUGUGGAAAGUAUGAACUUAUACCUUUCUACAAGGGUGAGAAUACAGUAUUUGAUGUUUCACCACGCGUGAUACAAGUGUCAGUUGAGCACCAACAUGUAAUUGUUCCACAAAAGUUUCAGGUUACUGGAUUCUCCAUCGGGGGCCGUGUCGUGGAUGGAAAUGAUAUGGGAGUGGAGGGUGUCAAAAUCUUAGUUGAUGGUCAUGAAAGAUCUAUAACUGACAAAGAAGGUUAUUACAAGCUUGACCAGGUUACAUCAAACCGGUACACAAUAGAGGCUGUGAAGGAGCAUUACAAGUUCAACAAACUGAAGGACUAUCUGGUUUUGCCAAAUAUGGCUUCAGUUGCAGAUAUUAGUGCUGCCUCUUAUGACCUUUGUGGAGUAGUACGAAUGGUUAAUUCUGGUGACAGGGCAAAGAUAGCUUUGACUCAUGGAGCAGAGAACAUAAAACCGCAAAUGAAACUGACAGAUGAAGGUGGAAAUUUCUGCUUUGAGGUUCCCUCAGGUGAAUAUCGCUUAUCUGCUUUUGCUGCUAAACCAGAGAGUGGUUCUGGACUUCUCUUUUUGCCGGCUUACAUUGAUGUUACAGUGAAAACACCACUAUUAAAUUUAGAAUUUUCUCAGGCACUCGUCAAUGUGCAUGGUGCUGUAGAGUGUAAGGAGAAAUGUGGUAGAUCAGUUUCUGUUACCCUCAUGAGAGUGGCGGGUAAACACACUGAGGAGAGGAAGACAGUUCAUUUAACUGAUGAGAAUAAUGAAUUUCACUUUUCAAAUGUUUUCCCUGGAAAAUAUAAGCUUGAGGUCAAGCACACUUCCCCUGAAGCUAUAUCCAAGGAAGAUAAUUGGUGCUGGGAGCAGAGCUUCAUUGAUGUUGAUAUUGGAGCCGAGGAUGUUAGUGGAAUUAGAUUCGUUCAAAAAGGUUACUGGGUUAAUGUUAUCUCCACUCAUAAUGUAGAUGCUUAUGUCCUGCAACCAGAUGGAUCGCAUAUUGAUUUGAAAAUUAAGAAAGGCUCCCAGCACAUAUGUGUUGAAAACCCUGGACUCCAUGAACUUCACUUUGUUAACUCAUGUAUUUCCUUUGGGGGCCAAUCAACGAUUAUUGAUACAUCAAACCCAUUGCCUAUCCAUCUGAAAGGAGAGAAAUAUCUUCUUAAGGGAGAGUUGAAUGUUGAGCUAGGCUCACCCGAUGGUGUAUAUGAGUUGCCCAAUACUAUCAGUGUGGACAUUCAGAGUAGUGGUGGUGAUGUAAUUAACACUAUAACAGCCAAACUUACAUCUAAGAUGAAUGAUCCAAGGAUCACUGCUGUCUAUGAAUAUUCGACAUGGGCUAAUCUUGGGGAGAAACUUAUUUUUGUACCUUUGGACUCUAGAAAUGAUAGAAAAAAGAAGAUUCUGUUUUAUCCAACACAGCAUCAUAUGUUGGUGUCAAAUGAUGGCUGUCAAGCUUCAAUUCCUUCAUUCUCUGGUCGACUGGGGUUGUACAUUGAAGGAUCAGUUUCUCCCUCUCUUUCUGGUGUUCAUAUAAGAAUUGUUGCUGCAGAAGAUAGCCACGUUUCAACGUUAAGAAAAGGUGACUUAGUGGUUGAAACUAGCACAGGGACAGAUGGUUCUUUUGUUGGGGGACCUCUUUAUGAUGAUAUAACCUAUGAUGUUGAGGCUACAAAGCCCGGUUACCAUCUUAAAAGAUUGGGACCUCAUUUCUUUUCUUGUCAGAAGCUCAGUCAAAUCUCUGUGCAUGUGUAUUCUAAGGAUGAUGCAAGCAUGCCUAUACCUUCUGUGUUGUUAUCGUUGAGUGGUGAUGAUGGUUAUAGGAAUAACUCAAUAUCUGGCACUGGUGGAUAUUUUCUCUUUGAUAACUUAUUCCCUGGGAAUUUCUAUUUGCGGCCUCUGCUCAAGGAGUAUGCCUUUUCACCUCCAACACAGGCAAUAGAACUUGGUUCUGGCGAGUCUAGGGAAAUCGUUUUCAAGGCUACUCGUGUGGCCUACAGUGCAAUGGGUACCGUAACUCUAUUAUCUGGGCAGCCAAAAGAAGGUGUUUCGGUUGAAGCUCGGUCUGAAUCUAAAGGCUACUAUGAGGAGACAGUUACAGAUUCAUCUGGAAAUUAUCGGUUGAGAGGACUAGUUCCAGAUACUACCUAUGUCAUCAAAGUGGUGAAAAGGGAUGGUGUUAGUAGCACUAAAAUCGAGCGAGCAUCUCCCGAAUACGUUACUCUUAAGGUUGGCUUCGAAGACCUCAAAGGAUUAGACUUUUUGGUCUUUGAACAGCCAGAGAUGACCAUUUUAAGUUGUCAUGUUGAAGGAAGGAGAAUUGAGGAACUAAAUUCACAGCUGGUGGUGGAAAUUAAGUCAGCUAGUGACACUUAUAAAAUUGAGAAUGUCUUUCCUCUCCCACUUUCUAACUUCUUCCAGGUGAAGGGCUUACCCAGAGGUAAGCACCUUAUGCAGCUCAGAUCUAGUUUCCCUUUGCGCAACUACAAAUUUGAGUCGGAAAUUAUUGAAGUUGAUCUAGAGAAGAAUGCUCAGAUCCAUGUUGGCCCGCUCAGAUACAGUGUUGAAGAAGAUCGCCACAAACAGGAAUUAACUCCAGCACCAGUAUUCCCUCUUGUGAUUGGAGUUUCAGUAAUUGCUCUAUUUAUCAGCAUACCAAGAUUAAAGGAUCUCUAUCAAGCCACAGUUGGAACACCAACACCUGGGUUUCUAGCCGCAUCAAGAAGGGAAACACGAAAGCCACUUAUGAGGAAGAAGACAUACUGAAGAUCCUGUUUCGCAGCCAUUAUAGGGAUGACCGUAUCUAAGUUGGAUCCACUUGACAUUUCUCAUUUUAGCAACACACAGUAACUUGCUCGAGAAGGUUAGCAUUCUUGACAAGAAAUAUUAUAGAAUUUUGAAGGCCUACAACAGCCUUUACAAGCAAAUCAUUUGAUAAAAGCAACUAUUCAUUCUUCUUCAAUUUACACCUGUUCUGCCUCCUGGCCUGGUAAAUUCAUGUAGGCUCGACGAACAUACGCUUGUAGUUUUGCUGUUGUAUUCUUUUUGCAUCUUUUACAACUGGCACAUGGUUGUUUUCACCUACGUGCAUGUAAGGUGGCCCAAGGACCAUGUUCAAAAUGAGAAAAGAGCUUAGGAUCUUAUUUUUAAGACUAGUCUAGGAAUGAAGUACUGGUGUCUUGUAUGAAGUUCUGUGCUUGAGGGUCAGAUUGUCAAUAGUAUGACUUGUGGGAAAAUGGAGGUACCAUAAUUUAGUUUGAACGCUA